GUGUAUAAUCGUGCAAAAGCUCUAAUUGACACUUCCCAUUUAAUGCGCGUCCACAGUGGGAGAUAAAUUAUUUAUUUAUUUGUGUAAGCGGCACAUUUGAUCCACUCCGCACGGAUGCAAGCACUCCUCUGCCCUUUUAUGAGAGAGAAAGAGACACCAACAGUUCACCUUUGAGACUUCGACUGGAUCAUUACCCGCGCGCUCUAUUGAAACUUUUUCUCUGACAAGCAGGACAAGAGAUUUGCAGAAAAGAAACUUUGCAAUCGGAGAGCGAGGAAAAGCAAUAGGAAAAGAAACUGGAAGGCGUUUAACUGGAGAGAUUAUUUUCAAGACUGGCACGGGUUGUUUGCUCCAUCCCAGAACUGGAUCGCGGCCCCUUCCCUGCUUCUCUCUGCAACUUGUCGGCGUGGUCAAUUUCCCCCUUCCCUCGCCCAAAUAUAUGAAGUUGCAAUGGCCUCGGACCUCGGCAUGAACGCGGACUUGCCCACCAGCCCCCUGGCCAUCGAGUACGUGAACGACUUCGAUCUGAUGAAGUUCGAGGUGAAGAAGGAACCCCCCGAAGCCGAGCGCUACUGCAACCGCCUGCCGGGCUCGCUGUCCUCCACGCCGAUCAGUACCCCGUGCAGCUCGGUGCCGUCCUCGCCCAGCCUGUGCGCCGCCAGCCCGGGGAGCAGUAGCAGCAACAAGGCUCACCAGCUGGAGGAUCUCUACUGGAUCAGCAACUACCAGCAUCACCUCAACCCGGAGGCACUGAACCUCACCCCCGAGGACGCCGUGGAGGCUCUGAUUGGGAGCUCGCAGACCCACCAGCACCACCACCACCACUUCGAAGCGUACAGGGCGCAGCAGUACCCCGGGGAGGAACUGCCUGUCAACGGCCACCACCAGCACCAGGCGCCGCCGCACCACCACCACCACCAUCACCACCACCACCACCUCCGCCUGGAGGAUCGCUUCUCGGACGACCAGCUGGUCAGCAUGUCGGUGAGGGAGCUCAAUAGGCAGCUCCGGGGCUUCAGCAAGGAGGAGGUCAUCCGCCUGAAGCAGAAGAGGAGGACCUUGAAGAACCGGGGCUACGCUCAGUCUUGCAGGUACAAACGGGUCCAGCAACGGCACAUGCUGGAGAGCGAGAAGUCACUCCUCCAGCAGCAGGUGGACCAGCUAAAGCAGGAGGUGGCCAGGUUGGCCAAAGAGAGGGACAUCUACAAGGAGAAGUAUGAGAAGAUGGCGAGCAGGAGCUACAGAGAGCAAGGCUCGGCCGCUUCCAACCCUGGCAAGAACAAUUCCUCUUCCAGCGAGUUCUUCCUGUGAGUUGUACUGCACCUGAACUUACGAAGGGCAAGAGGGGUGGGUAGGGGAAAGAUGCUUCUGAUGUGACUUCAAAUUAGUGUACAGAACCUUUGCAGCAGAGAAAGCGGAAAAGGCUGUAAAUAAUUUGAGAAGGACACACGCGGGACUUACUCUGCAGAUGCUUUGAGAAUUUAUUUGAUUCAAGGAAACAUUACCGACUCGUUUCGGAAGACUGCAGUUCUGGCAAAGAAAAUUUUAAAAGUGCUGAUGUAAUGGUCUAUUUAAAAGGGAAAUGAACGAAAAAAAAACCUACAAUUUCAUUAGAGGAAAAAAUGAGAAAUAUAUUUAGAAAGUAAAUGAACUUCACAGGUACAAAGUAGACUUUGAACCAGAAGAGAAAAUAGUUUCAAACAAAUAUGGACUUUAAAAAAUCCUGCAUGCUGGACAUGUAUGGCGUUUAAAGUACUCUCUCUUUUUUGGUACCCAGCCCUAUUGGGAUGGGAGAAAUACGCAUGGCCCCUGGCUUUAAUUUUACUUUUCUUCAUUUUUCAAGCAUCAUUGGAAAGCAACAAGAGGGUUAAAAUAGCUGCAUUCUGGAAUAACCUCUGUAAUAUAUUGGCAAUGUCCUGUAAUAACAUAGGGAGAAUAAUGGGAGGGAAGACUUUGUAAGUCUUCUUUCUUCUAUGGUUUAGAUUGGUUGAGUGCAGCUGGUGUUUCGUUUUGCGGUUUCACUUUUUCAUUAAAAAGAACUUUAAAAUAUGGGAGUAAAAUUAAAUGACUUGAAUAUUUAACUGUAUUGGAAUUGUACAUAGAAUGUUUUAGGUAUCUGCCUUUUUCUCCUUUUUUGAGCCUAUAUUUUGCUUGAUCAAGUCUUAAAAGAACUUUAUAAUUAAGAGCAUGCAGAUAAUGUAAAGAAGUAAAAAUGGAGCUCAUUUAAUAAUGUAGACAAAAAACUACUGCACUAUCAGAAGCCGAAUUUGUUUUAUAAAUAAGGCUUAUGUUUUUUUUUAAAUGCUGUUUUUAACUUAUUAUAAUUACUGACCUGAUUGCUGUUUCACUCUUGGGUUGGAAAAAUAAAAAGAGGGAGGUGAAAUGUGAGGAUAUUGCUCAGGAUUCAAUGCCAGUGUUGAGCUUUGAUUUUAAUCAGUCAGGAUUAUCUAAUUCUCAUUAAUAUGGAGCAAUGAUCUUUGUAGAAGAUUACUUAUCUCUGUGGCAGGUAACAUAAUAGGAAGGAUCAUUGUCCUUAACCCACACCCUUCCAAGAAAAAGAUUGAUGCUGGUGCCAUAUUGGAAAGUGUGUCACUCCUGCAUUUACUGGAAAUCGGGAAAAUAGGUAGUUAUGGUAAGUUAUAUAAUGGGGAAACUUGAAUUAUUUGAACUCUGGAGCUGCUGUGGAAAUUUCUAGACUAAUUCCUAAUUUAUUUGAACACAAAUUCAGUUUCAAAUUCUGACUUUUUUACACCAAACCAAAAGAUCCCAAUAUUUUAUAUCCAAAUGUCUCAUUAAAAGUUUCUUAGUGUAGUUUUGAAAAUACAGUAAAAUUAAUUAAGGUUCCUCCCUUUGCCCUAGCCACCCACACUCUUUGACUUUGCAACUUCCAUUGGGUGAGGGGGAGGGUUGAAAAAGGCAAAUGGACCAGCUUUCAAUGAGAAGAUUCUAGAAUACGUAUUGUUUGUUUGUUUGGGGUGGGGUGGGAAGAAGAGGAGACUGAUGGGAACUGAUAACAACGGGUGAUUUGAAGUCAUUCCAAAAAAGAGUGAAAGCCAGUGAGGCAGGUGCAGUACUGUAAAUUGCAGUUAUUUAUAUUUAUAGAUUCUUUAAAAGUUCAAAACUUUUGUCAAUGGAAUAUUUCAAUGUAAAUAUUAUUUUCUUUUCUGGCAAAGGGAGUGAGAUUCCAUUUUUUUUCGAUUGCUGCUGCAUGUUCACUCUGUUUUUGAAUGACACCAAAAAAUGACUUAACAGCUUCAUUGUAUCGCUACAUUUCUGUAAAAGGACAAAAGUAGCACAGUAGGUGCCAGAUUUGUAAAACCUGCAGUAGAUUUUUUUCUACUCCCUUAUUACUGUUUGCCUAUGCUUGCAACAAAUUCGGGAAAAUGAAGAGCUGAAUUGCA